AUGAAAUUGAGAAUAGAAGGUUCGUCAAAGCGGGGUCUUGUCCGUAAAACAUUCAAGAUCCCUCUGGCCAACGACGAAUGGUACAUGGCGGAGACAAAUGGCAUCCUUAGGACGAGCUCAGGCGCAGUGCAGGCUGUCCUUGAAGUGAAGAAGACGCUGCGGAAGCACAUCCUUAUCCGGGUGCAAAAACAGGAGGCUGCAGAAGCCGCUUUUUGGAACCACAAAGAAACGAACUCGCAAGCACAACUUGCAAUGGACGGAUACCGGCCACUUCUGUCUCUCAAUUGCCACGAGGUCUUAGCAACUUUUCGCAAGGCCGAGCCCAGUUACGACGAGUAUCUGGAAUCAACUCGUUGUGUCACUGCAUUUUUUGACAUGCAAGCUUUCGGGCCUUGA